AGAAAAGAUAUUCCGUUGUAUCACACGAGAAGGCAAAUAACGUGUGGUUACGAACGAACAGAAAAAUUUUGCUUAAAAAAAAUUUUCAGCUCCAAGAAUGGACUUUCAGCUCCAAGAAAGUGAAAAAAUCCGACACCUGCCUCUCUCUCUCUCUCUUCGAGUCUGUGAAUAAAGUGCUGGGAGCCAGAGGUUUCAUUGCCCACGAUCAAGGGAAAUCUGCAUACCCAUUACCCACGAUUAUGGCGCAGUUCACGACUCAAGGGGGUCUGAAGCUGUUCUUCAAUGGCGACAGAGUGUCUUUUGGAUUCGACUCAAAAGACGCAUUUCAUUAUUGUAAAGUUGGUGAUGGAUUGAGAUUCGUGGAGAUCACUCCAAUUCAACUCAACAAGAACAAUGCCGGGUUUUAUGGGUCUAGCCGGGUUUUCAGUUCACUGCGGAACAAAUCAAGUAGCUUCAGUGCGGAUGAAGAGCGUAUAGUCGCUGAUGAUGGUAAUGAAGCUGACUUGGGUUUUGAUGAAGAUGAUGAGUUUGGAAGGGAUGAGUUGUCCUGUUUCAAAGGUUUGGUCUUGGACAUCUCUUACCGGCCCAUUAAUGUUGUUUGCUGGAGGCGUGCUAUCUGUCUGGAGUUCACAGAGAAGGCUGAUGUCCUAGAAUAUUAUGAUCAAACAGUAAAGUCUCCAAGUGGAUCCUUCUAUAUACCAGCUGUGUUAAGGGUUCCCCAUCUACUUCAGGUUGUCAAGAGAAGAAGAAUCAGACAAAGCCUUAGUCGUAAAAAUAUAUUUUACCGGGAUAUAUUUACUUGUCAGUAUUGCUCUUCACGUGAGAGCUUGACGAUAGACCAUGUUUUACCGGUUUCUCGAGGUGGGGAGUGGAAAUGGGAAAAUCUGGUUACAGCUUGUGCAAGAUGCAAUUCGAGAAAAGGUCAGAAAACUUUAGAGGAAGCAAAUAUGAAGCUGAUCAAGGCUCCAAAGGCCCCAAAGGAGUUUGAUAUUCUUGCUAUACCCCUGACAACAACAGCUAUAAAAAUGUUGAGGAUGAAGAAAGGGACCCCAGAUGAGUGGCGCCAAUAUCUAGCAAAGCCAUCUUCUGAUCCAUGACAGAUAUUAGCCAUGCUUGUGAUCUACGUAUGUAUCAGUCAUUUGUACAUAUUAAUGUUGUGUUCUUCAAAAUUGCGUUGAAAAAUUCACUCUGCUAAAAAAUCCAAAUACAAGCAUCUAACUUUUGGUGGCAAAAUUUCCCUGAUGCACCUCAUGUAUAGCGGCCACUAUAUCUCAAGAUGUAUUUUCAUAUCAUUAAAUGCUUUGUAUUCUGACUUUCUGUGGUAUCAAGUGGCUACCUUAAAAUCUUA